CAACCACACUUUGUCAGGAAUGGCUUCGCUGAGGUGCAAGUGUGUGCUUGUGGGCGGUCCUCGGGUGGGCAAGACCGCGCUUGCGCAGGUGUUUCAGUCGGGCGGUGGACUGUUCCCAUCCAACUACUCGAUGACAUCGGCUGUGGAGCUGCCAGGAGUGGACGCGCUGCGGACGGUGGUGCUGGAGGACGGCAGCGGGGCGUCGUCGACGCCGGCUUCGCCGGUGGCGGGGCAGGUGCCGGAGCACAAGGUCAAGACACCGUUGGAGAAGGCGCUGGAGCUGCCGUCGGCUAGCGUGCAGUUCUUCCUCUACGACACGCCUGGUCAGCCGUAUCUCCGCGAGCUUGCGCGCGAGUAUGUCGACGCCACAUGCGUUCUAAUCUUUGUCUACGACGUGACCUCGAUCGACUCGUUUGAGUGGAUCCGCGAGUGGGCCGAGUUGCUCUCGGCCGACAACGCGCUGCCGGCAGUCGGCAUGGUGGUGGCCAACAAGGCCGACAAGAGCGAUCUGCGUGCUGUAGAUGCCGAUCUCGGCUUGCACUUCGCCAAGUCGCUCCGCUAUCCGUUUUUCGAGCUCGCCGCGCCGGACGCCUCGGCCGUCGAUGCCGCCUUUAAGCAUCUUGCCGAGGCCUACGCCUCGCACUACCAGGACUUUGUCUCGGCCACGCGCGCGCUGGCGUCGUAGCCGCCUGCUGACGCCGCUACCACGCCGGCUGUGGCGAUCGCCGUGCUUCACUGCGUGGCCGCGCUCGCCGCAGCUCUUGCUGCGCAGGCCCAUUGAACGAAAACGCUCCCUUUCUUCCCCGUAAGUCUCACACCUGCCCGUAUUCAUGCAUAUUCAGCCUUGAUGACGAC